AUGGCAUCAGCGCUGGCAAUGUGCUCUGACCGUGCUGCCUGGCACAAUGCUGCGUGGCGCAGUGCUGCCUGCCUGGCGCAGUGCUGCGUGGCGCAGUGCUGCCUGCCUGGCGCAGUGCUGCCUGGCGCAGUGCUGCCUGCCUGGCGCAGUGCUGCGUGGCGCAGUGCCAGCUGGUCCACGGACAUCCGUCUUCCCCACCUCCCUACUCUUAUCUCCACUUCCCGCCAAGCUGACCCCCACCACCCUCCCCAUGCCGCCCCACACAUCAACGCCGUUCCGCGCCUCACCUGCGCCGUUCCGCGCCUCAUCUGCGCCGCUGCGCACGAGGUUCGUUCCCGCGGCGGCCCACAGCAGCGCGUAAAAUCCCGCCAUCACGGCGCACUGCCCGCCCAUCAUGCCCGCGCUGCGCGCGCGCCGCAGCUGCGCCAGAGCGGGGCGGACGCGGGAGAGGAGGAAGAGCAGGAAGAGGAGCGGCGGCACAACGGUGACUAA